AUGGAUCGACGAAACGAGCUAACGCCGACAUCGAGGAAUAUCUUGUGCACAUACCAGCGAGACCGGAAUACUUCAAAAUGGGCAGAAUUUCUUCCGAUGAUUCAAUUAAUAAAAAAUCGACGUUAUCAUCAUGGAAUCAAAAGGUCGCCAUUCGCCGCUAUGUUUGGAAAGAAUUACGACGAUGCGAAUGAAAGCCGUGGUGCUUUUGAGAAUCCAGACAGCCUUGAGGUGACUGAAACAAAUGCUGAAGAAAUUAUUUCUCGGAAUGAAGACAAUGCAUUGGACGAGAACAGUAACGGAUCAAUUACACAAGAAUUUGAUUUCGUUAACCAUGAUAGAACAAUCGCUUUUGAGCGGGAAGCUGCCAGCGCCGGUCAAGAAAAACAAGCUGAAAAGAUGUUACUUGCUUCCAAACAACGAUUUCAUCCUGUAAAUGUGGGAGAUAAUGUGCGAAUUACCAUUGAUCCGGUCGAUCGUCCGAAAAUUGGACAUCGCAAUCUCAUGGUGGUCGAUGACCUUUACUCAAUCGGAACUACAAAUGGAGUCCUGCCGCAAAUGUUUUCACGAAAUCAGCUCCAUCCUUGUGAAACGGAAUUCAUUUCUGUCGCUGAUGUUCCCGAUCGAACGACUUCUUUUCGUGCUGCUGUUGGUGAAUCUUCGGUCCACGGGAAGCAAGGUCACAGACACUGCUUAUGCACUGGUGGAUGUUCGUCAAACCGAUGUGCCUGCAAAAAAAGUGGUCUCCUCUGCAAUUCCAGAUGCCAUCACAGUCUUAGUUGCAAGAACAAA